AUGUCUCAGAACGGUAAAUUGAUGCCAAAUCUAGACCAACAAAGCACCAAGCUUCUUAAUCUUACCGUUCUUCAACGAAUUGACCCUUUCGUUGAGGAGAUUCUCAUCACCGCUGCUCAUGUUACCUUCUAUGAGUUUAACAUCGAUCUCAGCCAAUGGAGUCGCAAGGAUGUUGAAGGAUCCCUCUUCGUUGUUAAAAGAAACAUGCAACCUCGAUUUCAGUUUAUUGUGAUGAACCGUCGCAAUACUGAAAAUUUGGUGGAAAACCUCCUGGGGGAUUUCGAGUAUGAAGUUCAGGUUCCAUAUCUAUUGUAUAGAAAUGCUGCUCAAGAAGUGAAUGGUAUUUGGUUCUAUAAUGCCCGUGAAUGUGAAGAGAUUGCAAAUCUUUUUAGCAGGAUCCUUAAUGCAUAUACCAAGGUGCCUACGAAAUCAAUGGUGUCUACUACAAAGAGUGAGUUUGAGGAACUGGAAGCAGUACCAACUAUGGCAGUCAUGGAUGGUCCUCUGGAGCCAUCAUCAUCAACUACUUCCAAUGUAGCUGAUGUUCCCGAUGAUCCAUCCUUUAUAAAUUUCUUCAGUGCAGCUAUGGCUAUUGGAAAUACUUCAAAUGCUCCAAUCACCGGACAACCUUACCAGUCUUCUGCCUCAAUUUCUUCUUCUGUGCCAACUCAUGCUGCUACACCCGCUCUGCCAACCUUGCAGAUACCAACUCUUUCAACAUCUCCUUAUAUUCCCCAGCAUGAUGCUCCAGAGUCCAUCAACAUCAGCAGCCGGGCCACAAAUCUUGUGAAGCCUUCUUUUUUUAUUCCUCCCCCUUCUUCUGCAUCAAUGAUGUUACCCCCUGUAUCUUCAUCCGUAUCUACUGCUCCUCCGCUUCAUCCUACUGUUAUUUCUAGAGAAAAGGUCCGGGAUGCUCUUCUGGUGCUCGUUCAGGACAAUCAGUUCAUUGAUAUGGUAUAUAGAGCGCUGCUGAAUGCUCAUCAAUAA